CAUGCCUAGCCUGGUAGUCCCAGGGAUAAUGGAAAGGAACGGGGGUUUCGGCGAUUUAGGCUGUUUCGGUGGGAGCGGCAAAGACAGAGCGCUGCUUGAGGAUGACCGGGCGCUGCAGCUCGCCCUGGACCAGCUCUGCCUGCUGGGGCUAGGCGAGCCUUCCUCCUCCUCCUCCUCCUCGGCCGUGGUGCUGGUGGAGGACAGCAACAACAACAACAAUAACCCGCCGCCGCCGCCGCCGCAGCAGCCCCCGCCGCCGCCGCCGCCGCCGCAGCAGCCGCCGCCGCCGCCGCCGCCGCCGCCCCCGGCGGCCCCGAAGGGCUCGGCGGCGCCCAGCGCCGGGGCGGCGGAGCCCAAGUUGUGCGCGCUCUACAAGGAGGCCGAGCUGCGGCUCAAGAGCAGCUCCAACACCACCGAGUGCGUCCCGGUGCCCAGCUCCGAGCACGUGGCCGAGAUCGUGGGACGGCAAGGCUGCAAGAUCAAAGCCCUGCGGGCAAAGACCAACACCUACAUCAAGACCCCGGUGCGAGGGGAGGAGCCGGUCUUCAUGGUGACGGGGCGGCGGGAGGACGUGGCCAUGGCCCGGCGGGAGAUCAUCUCGGCGGCCGAGCACUUCUCCAUGAUCAGGGCCUCGCGCAACAAGGCGGGCACCACCUUCGGCAGCGCGCCCACCCUGCCGGGGCAGGUCACCAUCCGCGUGCGCGUGCCCUACCGCGUGGUGGGGCUGGUGGUGGGCCCCAAGGGAGCCACCAUCAAGAGGAUCCAGCAGCAGACCAACACCUACAUCAUCACGCCCAGCCGGGACCGGGACCCCGUCUUCGAGAUCACCGGCGCACCGGGCAACGUGGAGCGCGCCCGCGAGGAGAUCGAGACGCACAUCGCGGUGAGGACGGGCAAGAUUCUGGAGUACAACAACGAGAACGACUUCCUCUCCAGCAGCCCCGACUCCGGCAUGGAGAACCGCUACUCGGAGGCCUGGCGGGUGCACACGCCGGCGCCGGGCUGCAAGCCCCUGUCCACCUUCCGCCAGAACAGCCUGGGCUGCAUCGGCGACUGCUCCGUUGACCCCGUCUACGAGACCCCCCGGCUGAACGACCAAAACGACUUCAAUUACGGUUACCUCUUCCCCAACUACGGUGUGAACAAGCAGGAUUUGUACUACGGGGUGCCGGAGUCGGGCGCCCCGAUGUGGGCCGGGCAGGAGAACACCAACCCCGUCUCGGUGCUCUUCUCGAAGCAGCAGCGCUCCAGCAGCACCGGCGCCAUCCACCCCAACUCGCACCGCUCGCCCUCCUCCUCCAUCCCCGAGCCCGGCCUGUCCGGGCUGCCGCGGCGGUCGCAGGGGGAGCCCCUGCAGGGCUUCUCCAAGCUGGGCACGCCCGCCGCCGCCCGGACGUCGGUGGGCAGCAGCCGCGAGUGCAUGGUGUGCUUCGAGAGCGAGGUGACGGCCGCGCUGGUGCCCUGCGGCCACAACCUCUUCUGCAUGGAGUGUGCCGUGAGGAUCUGCGAGAGGACUGAUCCCGAGUGCCCCGUCUGCCACGCGGCAGCCACUCAGGCCAUUAGAAUAUUUUCCUAAAAUAGACAGAGCAGGGCAUUGGGGGGGGGUGGGGGUAGGAAGGGAGAGCGGGCGGGAUGAGAGAAAAAAAAUGAUGAUAAUAAUAAUAAUGAUAAUAAUAAUAAUAAUAAUGACAUCUGAAGAACAAAAAAAAAAAGAAUGAAAGAAUAAAUUAAUUUAAAGAAGAAGAAGAAGAAGAAGAAAAAGAAGAAAUGAAAUUAUUUUACAAGCAAUGUAUGUUAUUUUUUAAAAAAAUAAUAAGUGAAUAAUAAAAUUAAAAUGAAUAGCAAAGCCAGAAAUUUUGAAGGGCGAACAAUGCUCCAGCCUGCAAUGUCUUUUGUAAACCAAGUACUCAGAACGCACACUCGGAUCUCGCAAGCAAAGCAGUUUAGUUCAGUUUUUUUUGGUGGUGAGAUUGGGACUUCUUGGCGAUGACCAAGCCAGGCCACCUGGAUCGACCGGGGAGGGAGCAGGGAUGCAGGGAGGGCCCUGCCAGCCUUUCUCCAGCCACCUUCAACCUUUGUCUUGGCUUGAAGCCCCCACUCUCCUCCCCCCAGGGUUGUCGGCCCAACUGGGAGCUCAGAAAGAAACAACAGAAAGAAAGGAAAACGGAUGACAGGGAUUUGGAAGAACAAGAAAGAAACCAUCAACCUCUGGGAACCUGUUAGAACGAGGGCACAACUGUAUUACCUCAAAGAUUUAAACAAAAAAAAAAUCACAGCUAAAGAACUUUUAUUGUUUUCCUUUUUUUCUAAAAAAAACCCAAACAAAAAACACAAAAAAAAAGAAAAUCAAAAAAAGAAGGUGAAGAAAUAAAAAACGACGCCAGUGAAACUGAAGAAGGUUUGGAAGAACCUACUGGGAUCACACCAGGCGACGAGCAUUUAUUUUGUUAUUCUGAGCCACCGUGGAGUCUGGAACUUUGUUCUUUUUUCCUUAUCCAAGCAGGGAUUUGUUCAUCAGUCCAAUCAGGAGUCACUAACAGGGUAUUUCCAAAGCAUUCCCGUCCAUGGGGGGAGUGCAUCGACUUCCACAUUUCCGUAGGUCACUCUUCAUUCUUUCCUCCAAGUGAUGCCAGCUGCAGCUACACACACCACACACACACACACACAGAGAACAUUGUGCUUUUCUUUUCUUAAAAAACAUACCUAUUGCACCAAAACCUAAGAGAGACGAUCAUGCAAUACAGGCAAAUGAGCCCAUAUGAAACCAACAUGCAUCCCAACAGAGAGCAAAAAAAAAAAACCCUGAGUUUAUAGAGAUAAUUUUGUUGUCGUCGUUUUUAAACUGGACCAAAACUUUUGUUACCCAAACCAAGUAGGGGAAAAAAAACAAAAAAGAAGAAAAAGUAUUUCUUUAUGGACCAAAACCUCUUCAGCUGUCCUUUUCCUGGAUCUUCCUGAGGUUGGCCACUUUUAUAUAUUAUAUUUUUUUCAGAACGAAACAAAACAGAAAAAAAAUUGCCUUGUUGAACAUCCUUUAAUCAUUUCAAGACUCCUGGUUUUGUUAAAUGAGAUACUUUAAAACCAUUGGGAAGUGGGAGAGGAUGGGCUUCAGAUCUGGCUCCCGUGCCAACGCAUGCAAGGUGCAGGCCAGCACCUUCACUCCAUCAGGUUUGUUCAGCUGGUCUGUGGAUGCCAAAAUGCUGUGAUGUUAAAAAUGUGUUGGAUUGACCUAUUGAGUACCAGUACACCCAGCUAUAAAUAUAUGUGUGUAUAUAUAUAUAUAGGCACUUAAUUAAUCAAGCACCUAUAUAUAUAUAUAUGUGUGUAUAUAAACCCAUAUAUAUAAUUUUUCUCCCACUACCACCACUUCCCCAUUUCCUACCCCUCAACUUCUGCUCACAGAUCCUGGACCCUGAUUUAGAACUGAACCAACAAGUUUCACAACUUGGCACAGACAGUUCUAACAUUAAAAAAAAAAACCCAAACAAACAAACAAAAAAAAUCACCUGAGAUUUUUUUUAUUCCCUUCAGUUACAGGAGACUUUCUUUUCAUCGUGGUAAUGUUCCUGGGAACAUCCUCCCUUCUGCUUGGUUUGCUGCCUGUGCCCUGGCACAGCGGGCUCAGGGGCACAGUCACUGAAGGGCUGAGCUCACUGUGCUGGGGCAGGUGCUGCUGGUGCUCUGUGCUGAUAAAAAUCCACUUUUGAUCUUCAGAUACCAGUUGGAGGGUUGGAAAUGGUGGUGGGAUGAUGGGAUGCCUCCACUCUUUUGCAUCGACAGUAAUGUAUUCCGUAGGGGCGGAUUGGAGGGGUGGGCAGUGUUCCCAGGCUGUAGUGGAUGCUGAUGUUUUGGAAGCAGUAAAGACAAAAGUUAAAAUGCUGUGGCAAUGGGACACUGUCAGGCAGGAUUGGUACUCCCCUCCUCCCCAGAGCUUUAGGAAAUCCCUGGCCAGGCUGUUGUCCCAGCCCUGCAGCCUUUCACACCAGGAGCGGGUUGGGAUGCGAGCACUUCCUGGGGGAAGGCGCCGCGUUCUGCACCCUCUGGUGUGGGGCCUGUGGGGUGAUGGGGUCUGGGGUGCUCUGGAUGAACCCCCAGAGCCCCCAUGUCCCGAAUUGUCCUGGGGCACAGCCCAUCCUCAGCAUAGGAGCCCCAGCCAGCACUGGCCACAUCCUUCCUAAAACUGCCCCAUUCUCAUUCAAAAUCUGGCCUCAGUUUGGUCCCAGUUAAGGAAGGGAAGGGCAGGGCAGGGAGAGGGGGACAUGGCCGUUCCCUGGGAACCUCUCCCCUCCCCAGUGCCCCCUCCUCCAUGCCGUGCUGCCCUCCCCACCCCAGGGCUGCAUUGGAUCCCUUCGUGGCGCGGAAUUCUCCCGCUGGUGUAGAGAGAGUGGUGGA